CGCGCUGUUCACAAUGUUGCUUCACGCAUUACUCGUAAUACUCGCAAUUGUGACACUCCCAAAGGUGUUCGCGCAGAGUUGCAUUACCAAAAGCAACUGCAGCGAAUGCAUCCAAGAGUAUGGAUGCGCUUGGUGCUCGGAACCGGGUCCGAACAAACAGCACUGCUACAGAUCCGGGGACACGCAGAACGAAUGCUUCUUGGGAAAGGCGGAGGAUCCAAAGAGCAAGUUUACGAUUCUGAGCAAUAAGAACCUUCAAUCGCAAGCCAACCUAGAUCCCAUCCAACUGAAGCCGCAGCACGUUAAGCUUGUACUUCGAAAAGGCGAAGAGUACAAGAUGAAUUUUCAGUACGCGCAGGCCUCCAAUUUCCCCAUCGAUCUAUAUUACAUAAUUGAUCUGUCGUACUCGAUGAAGAAGUACAAGAUUAACCUCGCCUUGCUCGGCGACAGGCUCAUCGAAACGAUGAGGAACAUCACCACCAAUUUUAAGAUCGGUUUCGGCAGCUUCGUCGAUAAAGUCGAUAUGCCUUUCGUCAACACGGAACCCAAUAAGAGAAAAAAACCGUGCAGUAACUGCGUGCCAGCUUACAGUUUCAUCAAUUACCAAUCUCUCAAUAACGGCGAAACCUUCUCCAAGGAGGUUGCAGCUGCGAAGGAAUCGGGCAAUCAGGAUACUCCUGAGGGCGGUUUCGACGCUCUCAUGCAAGCCAUGGUUUGCAAGGAUGUUAUUGGUUGGCGAGAAACCGCACGAAGAAUAAUCGUGUUUUCAACGGACGCAACCUCUCACAUAGCAGGUGAUGGAAAAUUGGCGGGUGUCGUCGAGCCGAAUCCUGGCCUCUGCUUUAUGACCGACAAUCAAUACACUCACGAUCUAGUUUAUGAUUACCCAUCGAUCUCGCACAUCAACCACCUGGCCAAGCAGCUAGGCUUUAACAUCUUCUUCGCAAUCGCCAACGACAACAUUUAUAGCGUGUACGAGGCGAUGCAGAACGAGAUCGAAAAUACUGCUACGGCCAGAUUGAAUGCCCAAUCGGAUCUGCUAUAUCUUAUCACGAAAUUUUACAGGGAUAUCUCGGACGUGAUUAAGAUCACCGACGACUCCAGCAGCGCUGUUCAGAUCACCUACGAGGCAGACUGCAAGUCGAAGAUCGAGAACGGAUGCAAAGCGGUGCACGCCGGAGAGGUAAUCAACUUCGUUGCAAAGAUCAAAGUGUUGGACUGCAGCAAGUCCAAACACCAAAUCCGCAUCAAACCGGGAACCUUCAGCGAGACUCUACUGCUUGAUCUCGACGUGCACUGCAACUGCGAUUGCGAGCAGCAACAGAAGAACAAUUCGGAUAGAUGCAAGAAGAAGGGAGCGCUCGUCUGCGGUUUGUGCAGCUGCAAUUCCGGGCAUUACGGAAAACAAUGCGAAUGCAACAGCGAGAGCUUCACCACCAACGACAUCGCUUCCUGCAUGCAAUCGAACGCCACAAAAGAAAUAUGCUCCGGCCUUGGUGUCUGCAAAUGUUCGGUAUGCGAAUGCAAUAAACGGCAGAAUCCCGACGAGCACAUCUACGGCAAGUAUUGCGAAUGCGACGACUACUCCUGCCGCAAAAGCAGCGAUGGCAAAAUAUGCAACGGAAACGGAAAAUGCGACUGUAAAAAGUGCAAGUGCGACGCAGGUUUCACUGGUGAAGAAUGCCAGUGUCCUACCAAUUUGGCUCCUUGCACCCACUUCAACAAUGUCUGCAACAGCAAAGGCACCUGCGAAUGUGGCAAAUGCACAUGCGAGAGCGGUUACUACGGGACGUACUGCGAGGAAUGCGCCACCUGCUCCGGCCGAAAAUGCGAAGAGCUCCAGGAUUGCGUCCAAUGCAAAACCUACAACUCUGGUAAACUCAAAGACAGUUGUGAUAUAAGCUGCUCCCAGUAUCAGUUCAACAAAGUGAAACAAAUCAAGGAAUCGGAGGAAACCGAAGACUCAGACUUCCGAAAAGUCUGUAAACUGCCGAUCGAGCAAAACUGCGUCAUGGUCUUCAGUUACUUUUACAACGACGACAAGGACAUCUCCGUCGACGCCGAGAGCAAGAUGAGAUGCUCAAAACCGAUCGACAUAUUAGCGCUCGUCUUCGGCGUCAUUCUGAGCACUAUCAUCGUUGGUAUUUUAACGCUGGUCAUCUGGAAGCUCUGCACAACAAUACACGAUCGCAGGGAAUACGCGAAAUUCGAGAACGAACGGAAGCAGGCGAAUUGGAACCGCAACGACAAUCCCCUAUUCAAGACUCCGGUCACCAGAUUCGAGAAUCCGACCUUCAAUGAAAUGCAAAAAAAAGAUGAACAGCAGAUGCAAGAGAUUCAGGAGACCGAAUAAUUUAAACAUAAUGUAACGCGAAGUAUAUCCAAAGAAAUUUUGUUUCAAAAAUU